GGUUUAUUGUACUUCCGAAGACAAACCGGGUGUAUAAAACUGCUGCCCGUUGACAGCGGAGCUAUUUAGUGAAUGUGAAGUUACUAACAUGUGGUGUUCGAAAUUGAAUGUACUGUCGUUUCUCAUCGUACUGCAGAGCUUCGUGAUUGCUGAAGAUAAUCGUUGCCAGGGAGUUCCGGAUCUAAGCUACAUACCCAGCCCAAACGCUUGCUACUUAUACUACAGCUGCAUCAAUGGCAACGCAUACCCACAAAUUUGUCCUCCAGACGAAUGGUUUUCAAUGCAGCAGCAGCAAUGUGUACCGAAAGACCAAUCCGAAUGUGACCUUACCGAGCCACCCGUUUUGCCAGAAGCACCCGCACCAGAUCCAUCCCCACUAUGUGAUGAUGUAUUGAACUUUCGUUACGUGGCUAGCGUUGACUCCUGUCAGUGGUAUUACCAGUGCAUAGAUCGAAUAGCAUAUCGUCUCUCCUGUCCACUAUUUUCUUGGUUUGACGAAACGCUUCAACGCUGUGGAUCGCUCUACGAUGUGGAAUGUAACAUAGAGGCGUCAACUGUCACUACAGUACCUACUCCACCCACAGUUGAUCCUCUUGAUAUAUGCUAUGGUCAGCCAGAUUUCAUACUUAUACCUAGUAAUACGCUUUGUGAAAGAUAUUAUUCGUGUUAUCAAGGUAUUGCUUAUCCGAAUAAAUGUCCUUCGGGUCUAUGGUUCAAUCCGAACACCAAUAUGUGUGAUGAUCCGGAAAAUGUGGAGUGUCCCGCUAACACAAAAGCUUCUCAAUAAAUAUGAUCCUGCAAACUCGAACAAAAAAUAUUAUGAAGCUUCAACAAUAGGGCCUUUUA